AUGGAAAAGUCAACAAAGAAGAAUAUAGAGGGAGUGCUAGCUUAAAUUGAUAUUUCCCAAGAUACUCAUAUAAAAUAUGGGGGAAACCUUGAGAGAAUGAUUAAAAGCCUUAUCAUUGAAUUAGAGGCAGCAUUACAACAGAAUUAGAAAUAAUUGAUGGAAAAAUAAUCAUUACUUUUUAUUAUGAACGUAGAUGGACUAAGAUUAAAGAUCUUUUGCAAGAAAAUAUUAGAAAUAGAAUCGAUUUUUUUAGAUUUCUCAAGGAUUAAAAAUGGCAGCAAAGGAUUAGAAAAUGGCAGCAAAGGAUUAGAAAAGAACUUUUGGAUAAAUAAUUGUGAGACUGAAGGAUGA